UGUCUGAUGGAAUAAGUUUACAAACCUGUUUCUCCUUCCUAAAAUUGGAAGAAACCAUUAAAAUGAUAAACAUGGAAUAAGCUGGUUUUGAGGAGGAUUUUUGUUUGUUUGCAAGAUGCAGAUGAAUUGCAUCAUGGGUUUUCCACGCCUGUUUUACAGCAUGGGUUACCCUUUUUAUAAUUUUUUUUUUUUUUAUGUGACCUCUGCAACCUUAGAUUUAAAAGGUGCUCUAUGAGGUGCCUUGGCUUCUCCAUCAUGCUAUGUCGUGGAGCUGCUGACCGGGGAGGUAAUUCUUCUUGGCAGCACUCUUUCCUAGUCUAAUACUUUCUGGAAAUUUUCAAAGUGUUGUUUGCUGUUUUAGAGACACAAUUUUUAAAAAUUUGUGUAUUAAAAAUAAGGUUUCAACUCUUUCACCUCUGCCGCUUCUUAACAUUUUAUAGCAACCACUUAUCUGUUUUGCCUGUACGUGUGUUUAAAUUCUGUGAACGUAGGCCUUUCAGAAGUUUCAUGUAGAAAAGCGAUGUAUUGGUAUUAAUUUAUGACUUAAGUUUUCUGAAGUAAACAGUUCUUCAACACUUUUGUCCUUCACAGAACUAAAAAUGCAGCCACCAAAUAACCAUGAAUGAGAUGCAAAUUCCAAAACUUUUCAUGUUGUUUUUUUUUUUCUUUUUCAAGAAAAAUAACUGAUGUAGGACAAAUGGGAAAAAAAAAGUGUCCUCUGGCCAAAUUCGGUCUAAAUUGAUCCACUUAAGGAAAAUAGCAUUAUGUAGCAUGACAUCCCCCCCCCGGCUUGAAAUGCAAAAACAAAGGGCUAUAUGACGUUAACUGAUUCAAUAUCUAAAAGAUGCAAUGUACAUGUAAACUAUUCUUACAUCUAUUUUUUGAGACCUAAGUUAGCAGGCUUGUACCCUUUAUUUCUCCUGUAGAGAGGAAGAAGAGGCAAAGUUUAGAACACAUGAACUUUUUGAAACAUCCCAUAGGAUAUUUGAGUAUUAACUACUUUAAAUUAAAAGUAGAAUGAUUUUUUUAUUGAUAAAUUUCUGUCAUUUCAAGAAAAACUUCUUUGCUUCUCUCAAGUAAAUAUUUCCUAAAUUAUGUUUCCAGUGGUAUGUGUCAAGUCAUCUUUUUUGUAUAAAUCAGAUAAUUCAAAAGACUUCUGUGUGAGUAAAGGAGAAAAAAAUUUUUAUAGCAGUUAUUCAUGCUUAUCCUUAAAUUGCCAUCAACCUGUAGUUUAAAGUCUUCCACUGGAUCUAAUAUUUCUAUUACUGUUUAUCCAAAGUUUUGUUUAACUAGAAGUUUUUCAGUUAUUUCAAUAACACCUGAACUGGAAAUGCCACAUAUCAUUAUAAUUGUCUUAAACUUGUGAAUUUUGAUUUUUAUUCCUAACAAUUGAUGCUGAAAUGCACUGAGUUGUCGUGGCUUUUAUUUUUGGUUUGGUGGGGUUUUUUUUGUUGUUGUUUUGUUCUGGGUUUAUUUGGUCAAUUGUUUGGUUGCUUGGAGUUUUUUUUUUUUGUUGUUGUUGUUGUUUUGGGGUUUUUUCUUUUUCUUUUGGUUAGAUUGAUCCAAACCCAGAUCAGCCCACAGAUGAGAUACCGUCUUGCCCCUCUCGUUGAAGGAAUCCAUAAAAAGCUGACUUGACUUGGGUUUUGAAUCACACCUUCUGUGUUGAAGAUCAAGGUGUCAUAGUGGAGACUUGCUUUUAAAGGAAAUGGUAUUGCUCUUGCCUGUAUGGUAAAUAAAUGAAAAGAACCUGUGAUCAUGCUUUUGACACCUACAGCGCAUUAUAGGACUGCUCCACAUGCUUGAAAACUUGCGUCCCCUUCCACUAAAUAGUGGCAAAUACUAGGAGCAGCCUUAUUAGCAUGCAGUCAGGUGUUUCAAAACACUCAAACCAUGUUGUAAUGUUGUAAGAGAGGAAUGGCUGCUUUCUAUGAUUCUAUGAAAAUUUGCACAUGCUUAUUACUUAUGUUAUACAGUUAAGUGUCACUACAACGUAUUCUCAUUUGUGAUGGACUGUUGUUACCAACCCCUCCCCAAUUGUUUGUGAUCUGCAGAACAAGGAACAAAAGACAGCUUUACCAAAAAAAAAAAAAAAAAAAAAUUAUGAAGGCUGACAAAUGCCCUGUUCUUUUAAUUUGAUGUAGCCUGGACUUUGCCUGCAUAUGCACAUGCUCAUAAUUGUUCUUGUAGGCUGAUCAUGUAUCACCUCUGCAGCUUGGAUCCUAUUGUGGAUUUAUUUACAAGCAUUACAUGCCUUCAAAGUCAAUCCUUGCUGUAUGUUUUGCAGCCAACUGUAGUAGACAAGCAUCAGAUUGGUGGGGGAAGAGAGAACAGAAGGAAACUAAUGAGAAGUAAUCAAGAUUGUAUACCUUCUUGAUUUUUUAAAAUAAUUUGUUGCCUUUGUGCUUUUAUUGCAAAGCAGUGUUUUGUUACAGACUGCCUAAAGAUCACUAAAUCUCAGGUGAAUUCAUCAGUUGCCAAACUAUUAGAAUAAUAUUUGUUUUAUGUUGCACUCUUAUUUAUAUUUGUGGUUUGGUUUUGUUCUUUGAGGGGGAUUUUGAACAGAGACAUGCGCAAAACUUACAAAGUGAAAGCAGCACCAGCAGACACUAGCAAAGUGUGAAAAGAAAGAGUGAAAAGGGGAUAAUCAUAUGCUGUCCAGGGUUCACAGGCAGCAUUAAUCUUAACUUUAGGGAUGGGAAGGAGAGGGUUUAUUGGUUGGUUUGUGUUUGGUUUUGUUUAAAUAAUAUGUAGUUCCCUAAUCAUCAAAAAUUAUAUAUAAAAUGAGUCUCCAGUAGAAAGUGUAUUUCAGAUUGCAAGAAAAAAAUUGAACUAUGGCAAGUAAGCAGCAGCUCAGUUUGCCCAUUUGGUAUUAUCUUCAGGGUUUAUGAUACUCUGUCACAGAAUCAUAGAACACCAGAUUGGAAGGGAGCUCAAGGACUAUCUGGUCCAACCUUUCUUGGCAAAAUCAUGGUCUAGACAAGAUGCCCUAGUACACCUAAAAAGUGUCCAGUGUUGGGGAAUCUGCCACUUCCCUGGGGAGAUUAUUCCAAUGGCUAAUUGUUCUCAUUGUGAAAAAUUGUUCUCUUGUGUCCAAUUGGAAUCUCAUGAAGAGUAACUUGUACCUAUUACCCCUUGUCUUUUCCAUGUGACUCCUUGUAAAAAGGAAGUCUCCAUCUUCUUUGUAGCCACCCUUUAAAUACUGGAACAUGGUGAUAAGGUCUCCCCUAAGCCUUCUUUUCUCAAGGCUGAACAAACUCAGUUUUCUCAGCCUUUCUUCACAUGGCACCUUCCCAGUCCUUGAAUCAUCUUUGUGGCCAUUCUCUGGACCCUCUCCAGCCUGCCCACAUCUUCUUUUGUAUAUCAGGGACCAAAAGUGAACACAGUAUUCCAAGUGUGGCCUGACAAGGCACUGAGUAGAGUGGGAGAAUGACUUCUUUAUCUCUGCUGGUGGUACCCUUGUUGAUGCAACCCAGCAUCCUGUUGGCUCUCUGCCACAGCAGCUCACUUUUCACUCGUAUUCAGCUUGUUGUCCACCAGGAUCCCUAGGGCCCUUUCCACAGAACAUCUCCCCAUUGGGAUAGAUCCUAGCCUAUGCUGCAUUCCUGGAUGAUGUUUUCCCAGGUGCAAGAUGUUUGUCUUUGUUGAUCAUAAGGUUCUUGUUAGCCCACUCUUCCAGCCUAUCCACGUCUUCCUGCAGGGUGGAUCUUUCUUCCAAAGCGUCCGCUUCCCCAUUCGGCUUGGUAUCAUCAGCACACUUCAUCGGGGUACACUUGAUUCCAUCAUCCAGAUUACUUAUGAAGAUAUUAAACAGCAUUGGGGCCCAAUAUUGAUCCCUGGGGGACCCCACUUGUGACAGAUUUCCAGUUUGAAAAGGAGCUAUUUACCACUACCUUCUAGGUGUGGCCUGUCAGCCAGUUCCCCACCCACUGCGCAGACCACUUGUCUAGACCAUAACACAUUAGUCUCUGUAGGAGUAGGCUGUGGGAAACAGCAUCGAAAGCCUUGGAGAAAUCCAUGUAGACAUUGUCCACUGCUUGCCCCACAUAACCAAGCCAGUUAGUCAUAGAAGGUGAUCAGGUUUGUUAAGCAUAAUUUGCCCUUGGUGAGUCCAUGCUGGCUUUUCCCAAACCCAUGCUUCAUUUGACUUCUGAUAGCCCCAAGGAAGAUUUGUUCAAUAACUUUCCCAGAGACUGAAUAAGACUGAUGGACCUAUAAUCUCCAUGAUCCUCUUUUAAUCCUUUCUUGUAGAUGGGGGUGGUAUUAGCCUUCUUCCAAUCUCCUGGGCAGUCCCCCGAUCUCUGUGAGUUCUCAAAGGUUAUUGAGAGCAAGCAGCCUUGCAAUGAUGUCAGCCAACUCUCUUAACACUCUUGGAUGGACAGUGUUAGGGUCCAUCAAUUUGUUGGGGUCAAGCUCCUGUAACAGUUUACAUGCCAACUCUUUCUUCAUUGACACUAGGUCUAUGUUUGCAUCAACCUGGAUUUUUGUUCCCAAGGCCUGGGGCCCAACAGUACUGGGUGAAGAAGACAGAGGAAAAGAAAGUGUUGAGAACCUCUAGCCUUUUCAGCAUUGUUGGUGACUAAUUCAUCUCUCCUGUUUAACAUCAGGGCCAGUUCUCUUCAACAUCUUCAUAAACGACUUGGAUGCAGGACUUGAAGGUGUACUAAAUUUGCUGACGAUAAUAAAAUGGGAAGAGCUGUUGACUUCCUCAAAGGCAGAGAGGCCCUGCAGAGAGACCUUGACAAAUGAGAGGGCUGGGCAAUCAUCAACCAUAUGAAGUUCAACAAAGGCAAGUGCCAGAUUCUGCAUCUGGGAUGGGGCAACCCUGGAUGUAUGGGCAGACUGGGGAACAAGAGACUGGAGAGCAGCCCUGUAGAAAGGGACCUGGGGGUCCUGGUCAAUGCCAAGUUAAAUAUGAGUCAGCAGUGUACCCUGGCAGCCAGGAGGUCCAACUGUGUCCUGGGGUGCAUCAGGCACAGCAUCGCCAACCAGUUAAGGGAGGUGCUUGUCCCGCUUUGCUCUGCACUGGUGUGGUCUCACCUCGAGUCCUGGGGGCAGUUUUGGGUGCCACAGUAUAAGAAGGAUAUAAAUCUAUUAGAGAAUAUCCAAAGGAGGGCUACAAAGAUAGUGAAAGGUCUAGAGAGGAAGCUGUAUGAGGAGUGGCUGAGGUCACUUGGUUUGUUCAGCCUGGAGAAGAGACUGAAGGGAGACCUCAUUGCAGUCUACAGCUUCCUCAUGAGGGCAAGUGGAGGGGCAGGCACUGAUACUGAUCUCUUCUCUCUGGUGACCACUAACAGGACCCGAGGAAAUGGCCUGAAGUAUCGGGGGAGGUUUAGGUUGGAUAUUAGGAAAAGAUUCUUCACCCAGAGGGUGGUUGGGCACUGAAACAGGCUUCCCAGAGAAGUGGUCACAGCACCAAGCCUGACAGAUCUCAAGAAGUGUUUGGAUGAUGCUCUCAGGCACAGGGUGGGAUUCUUGGGACUGUUCUGUGCAGGGCCAGGAGUUGGACUUCGAUGAUCCUUGUGAGUCCCUUCCAACUCAAGAUAUUCUAUGAUUCUAUGAAGCAAACAAAAAAUCCAACGGCUUUAAUCAUACAUUCAUCUAGAAUGCGAAAACUUAUAUAGAAAAAGCACUGACUCCUUGAACAUAUUCUAAAGAAGAAAUGAAUGAUGGAGCUAUUAGAUCUGUUCAGUGUUUUUAUGCUAGAGAUUUGUAAAUGUAAGUUUUCUUUUCAGAAAUCAUGUAAAAAAAAAUAGAACCAAUCACCAACAACAAAAAACCCUACCCAAAGCUAAAAACCAACAACAAAAACUAUUGUCUCAGACAUGUCUGAUGUUGACUAUUUAAAAACUAAUUCAUCAUGUGAAUCCUUGUGCAAUGAAACAGCUCAGAAGGGAGGAGAGGGGAGGGAAAGCUGAUGUUUCUGUAUUGUGCUCAUUCUUACAAAGUUAUGCCUUAUUUUUAAGGCUUCAUAAAUAUAAUAAAAUAGGCUUUUCCAAAAGUGGCCUUUAUGAGAACAUGAAAGAUAUUUUAUGUUCCAAAAAUGAUGACAGGGUGAUUAAAUGAGAAUCAUAUCUUAAGUGAUUCAGUUCAAAUGUUUGGACUUUGAUAAGCAAGAAUUGGAAAUUGGGUGAUGUAUUAUGCUGCCAUUUUUGUGACUGUCCUUUCCUUCAAUCCUUUCUAACCAGACAAAAUUUUACAAGUUAAAAUUGUUGGCAUAAAAGGGCAUUUGAUGAUUUAACUUUUUUUUCUUUUUUGUUAACAGACUAGGGAACAAUUAUUGAUAUACGUAGCAUUGAAGCACUUAUCCCAGUAUAUUGGAAAAACUAUAUAUGAAGCAAAAUUGACAAAUGUUGUCAUAAUUUAUGUUGCAUCACAGGCUGUGAUCAGAGUGAAAAAUUCUAAAACCUUAUCAAAUAAAGCUUUCCCACUUAAACUUUUUUAUUAGUUGUUCAGAGGCAUUAUAGGUUCGUAGUUGUAGCCUAAUAUUUGAUACAGAAUCUUGAUCUGAAUUAGGAAAAAGUAAAAUCCAAGCAUUAGAGAAACAAAGUGCAAUAUUCAAUGUUUGCUUUAUAGAUUCUAUUCCAUGGCUGGGUUUUGGUUGGGGUUUUCUGUUUGGUUGUUUUUGGUUGUGUUUCUUUUUUAAAUUAACUUUUGGUGCUGAAUAUGUCCUUAUGGACUUUGUUUUAGGAGAACUAUGUAGAAAACAAUUAAAUUUUUUCUAUUGUUCUUCCUUGUGAAAAAGAAACUUUAAAAUUUUGUUUAAAUGCUUUAAUUGUAAUCUGUAAGAUUGUUUGUGAUUUAAACAUUGAAUAUAUGUCUUUGUUUAAGAUAACAGCCAUAGGGAUCAAAUUGCUAUCAGAAAUGCAUAUGCUAUGUAUCAACUACAUUGGGAAAAACUAUUUCUGGAGCUACACCACUGAUUAGUACAAGAGCUGAGUUUCAGCACCUUCAGUUCCUUUGCCUUGUUUAUAUCAAUGGUUUCUUAGGGCUAGGUUUCAGCUGGGAAGCUCUAAUACAAUCUCCUAAACUUAGAAAAUACCAAUAACUUACAGGAUAUUAAUGUUUUUUUCAGGACACUGCUUAAAAAUUACUGUAACUCGUGACCUCUGAUCAAGUUGUUUAGUGCUUUCCAGUACAUAUGGUGGGGGCAGGGGCUGCACAUUUUUGUAGGGGUGGGAGGAAACUGGGGAAGGGGAAUUACUUUAAAAGCCAGAUAACUCAGUGAUUUGCAGUUGGGAUCUGAAGGUUGGUUUGUUGAACUGGGGUCAACAAGGUGUGUCUUGCUGUUUACUUAGACGUCUAAUGUUACCAGAUGUUGAAAAUCACUAUCUGUGAUUUGUGUUUUGGUCAGUAGAGCUUUGCAAAAUAUUAAAACAGCUCCUCAACAUUCCAGAAAUGAAGCACUGCCAUAGCAUCUUGUUUCUGUAUACUGCACACAGCUGAACCUCUGAAAGAACGGACUAUCAUCAUUGCUUGGUAUCAAAGUGUCUUUUGACCUAAGGCAAGGUUCACUAGGCUAGCAGCUGGGACUCAGGAGUCCAGUAAAUGCUGUUCCUGACUGUUGGUGUUGAAGGUACCGAAGACCGCUAAAUUAUCAUGGUAUUGUUACAGGAGGUUUUAUGGUAUAUGCUACUAACAUAGAUAACCCAAACAUUGGAUCUAACUCCUUGUAUAAUGCAAACAGUAGACUUCCUAAAUAUGUGAAUUAUUGUAUCAAAUAAAGCAUGUUUAUUUAAUUUUGAAUUUGCAAUUGCCAAGUAGGGAGAAUCCAGAAAGAUCUUUUUGGUGCCCAACGUGAGGCUCGAGGGCACAUAAACAAAAAGGGAAUAACAGUUCUUGAGUAAUCUAAUUUUUUGUGUGGCUAUACAAACCUCAUUAAGCGACACCAUGUGGUCCAGCUUACCCUGGUUUGGGUGACACGUGAUCGUGGCUGUAUUUCUCCCUUUUGCAGGCCCUUAUCUAAACAUGGGUCCUAUAACCAAGGCUACUGUGGCUAUUAUCCGGUUUGUCUUAUGGGUGAAUAAGGUGAGGAAUCAAUGGAUGUUUAACUUCCUCUGGAAGGCAGGCACAUGGAUUCACAGCUAUCACACCUUAACUAUGUGUUUUUGGGGUUACUUUAAUAAUGGCACCUGCUGUAAGGAAAUGACACUGGGGGAAGUCUUCUCCCAACCCUUUAAUCACCUCUUUGGGUCCACCCCACCAGUUUUUGAAGGGUUCAGAUCCAAUCUAAACAUUAAUGAUAUCAUACAGUGGCUGGUGUUGCUGAUAGGCCUGUUCUAUUUAGCAUUUAGAGAGAGCGAGAGACUAACCUGGAUAACUACCCUGACACCUACAUCAGAACCUAACACGCCACCAGAGUCCAGGGAUGCUGUUGCCCCAGAGCCUACUCCUACCCCACAGCCCACCCCAGAUGUGAACUACCCAGAUUGGGUGGGGGGGUCUGGUGAAGGAGAUGCACCAGAUGCUGAAGGAGUACACUUCCCCAGCUGGUGAGAAGCCCUCCCCCUGCCUUGAAGAGGGAGAGUCUAAUGGUGCAGCAGUGGAACCCACAGAUGUUACAACUGUCCCAGUUCCAGCAGAACUGCAAAGGCAGUCACAGCCAGCAGCAGUUGCCCCUGUAGAAACAAGGAGAUCUAAGAUGAAAUCAGAGCACCCAGAUAAGGGAGGGCCCUCACAACCCACAGGGGAGCCAGAGGUUGCAAUCAUCACCGAGUCCCUGACUUACAAAAGUCUCCGUAAUCUACACAAAGACAUUGUACGACGGGGACGUGAGGCUUAUACAACCUGGCUACUUCGGGUCUGGGACCUUAUGGGUACAGGCGUGCAACUGGAUGGUGGUGAGGCAAGGAAUCUGGGACCCUUAACUCAGGACUCCGGUAUCAAUCAGAUUUUUGUAAGGGAGCCAGGGUCCCUUUCCCUCUGGGAGCGGCUUUUAAUAAGUGUCAGAGAGAGGUUUGUCCAAAGGGAAAGAAUGCAGGAGUCGCACCAUAGAAUGUACUGGAAGACCCUCUGAGGGGGGAGGAAGGGAUCCAACAGCUGAGGGAAGUGGCAGUAUUGGAGGUACUCUUUGGGAGGGAUGGACAGCAUGAUAAUGACCCCGACCAGGUCAGGUGCACAGGGCAGAUGCUGUGGAGUCUGGCAAAUCUGGGGCCAUCUCAAUACACCACUUUCAUUGCAACGAUCAAUGCUGAUACCAACCGAGAGACAGUGGGUUCUGUGGCAAACAAGCUUAGAAAUUAUGAAAGUAUGAUCAAUGGCCCCAUGCAAGCUCAUGUCUCUGCUGUGGUCCAAGAACUCAGAGAGGAGAUGAGGGAGAUGAGGGAGGCAGUGAGAAGGAACAAUUCCCAUAUUGCACCAGUGCGAGUCACAGGCCCCAGAGUUAGAGCCCAACAUUUCCCACCUAGAGAGAGAGGGUACACCCCACGGGCUGACUUGUGGUUCUUUCUGAGGGACCAUGGGGAAGACAUGGGAAAGUGGGAUGGAAAACCCACUUCAGUCCUGGCAGCAAGGGUGCGUCAACUCAAGGAGGGAAACACUAACCGAGAGAACUCCAGUAAAGUGAAGGUAGCCUCAACCUCCCAUGACCGAGCUGCUGAGUAUGAUCCGUCAGAUCCCCUUGAGGGUACCUCUACCAUGUAUGCCCAGGGAAGAAAUAAUAACCAGGGUUAGGGGGGCCCUGCCUCUAGCCAGGGAGAGGCACGGGAAAAUCGGAUUUUCUGGACGGUAUGGAUCCGAUGGCCUGGUACAUCAGAACCACAAAGGUACGAUGCUUUAGUGGAUACUGGUGCACAGUGUACCCUGAUACCAUCGGGACACGUGGGGGCCGAACCUGUUUCCAUUGCCGGGGUGACGGGGGGAUCACAGCAAUUGACCCUUUUGGAAGCUGAGAUGAGCCUGACUGGGAAAGACUGGAAGAAACAUCCUAUUGUGACUGGCCCAGAGGCCCCAUGUAUUCUAGGCAUAGACUUCCUCCGGAAUGGCUAUUACAAAGACCCAAAGGGACUCAGGAGGGCUUUUGGAAUAGCUGCUGUAGAGGCAGAGAACAUUAAGCAGUUGAACACCUUGCCUGGACUAUCAGAAAACCCAUCUACAGUAGGAGUCCUGAGGGUGGAAGAGCAACGAGUGCCAAUCGCCACCUCGACUGUGCACCGCCGGCAGUACCGAACAAAUCGAGAUGCCGUAAACCCAAACAACAAAAUGAUCCGUGAGUUGGAGAGCCAAGGGGUGGUCAGCAAAACCCAUUCACCCUUUAACAGCCCCAUCUGGCCUGUGUGCAAGUCUGACAGAAAAUGGAGAUUGACUGUGGACUAUCAUGGCUUGAAUGAAGUGACUCCACCACUGAGCGCUGCUGUGCCAGACAUGCUGGAACUCCAGUACGAGCUGGAGUCCAAGGCAGCAAAGUGGUAUGCCACCAUUGACAUUGCUAAGGCGUUUUUCUCCAUUCCUCUGGCAGCAGAGUGCAGGCCUCAGUUUGCUUUCACCUGGAGGGGAGUGCAGUAUACCUGGAACUGAUUGCCCCAGGGGUGGAGGCACAGUCCCACCAUCUGCCAUGGACUGAUCCAGGCUGCACUGGAAAAGGGUGAGGCUCCAGAACACCUACAGUAUAUUGAUGACAUCAUUGUGUGGGGGAACACAGCAGUGGAAGUAUUUGAGAAAGGAAAGAAAAUCAGCCAGAUUCUGCUAGAAGCCGGUUGUGCCAUCAAAAAGAGCAAAGUCAAGGGACCUGCCCGAGAGAUCCAGUUUCUGGGAGUGAAGUGGCAAGAUGGACGGCGUCAGAUUCCCACUGAGGUCAUCAACAAGAUCACAGCAAUGUCUCCACCAUCCAGCAAGAAGGAAACACAAGCUUUCCUAGGUGCCAUAGGCUUUUGGAGAAUGCACAUUCCUGAGUACAGUCAGAUUGUGAGCCCUCUCUACCUGGUCACCCGCAAGAAGAACGAGUUUCACUGGGGCCCUGAGCAGCAACAAGCUUUUGCCCAGAUCAAGCAGGAGAUCGCUCAUGCAGUUGCCCUUGGCCCAGUCAGGAUGGGACCAGAGGUGAAGAACGUACUCUACUCUGCAGCCAGGAACAAUGGCUUGUCCUGAAGCCUUUGGCAGAAGAUGCCUGGAGAGACUCGAGGCUGGCCACUGGGAUUUUAGAGUCGAAGCUACAGAGGCUCUGAAGGCAACUACACUCCCACAGAAAAGGAAAUCUUGGCUGCCUACGAAGGAGUUCAAGCUGCCUCAGAGGUGAUUGGCACGGAAGCACAACUCCUCCUGGCACCCCGACUACCAGUGCUGGGGUGGAUGUUCAAAGGAAAGGCUCCCACCACCCACCAUGCCACUGAUGCUACAUGGAGUAAAUGGAUUGCCCUCAUCACACAGCGCACCCGUAUUGGAAACCUGAAUCGCCCUGGGAUUUUAGAGAUAAUUACAAACUGGCCGGAAGGUGAAGAUUUUGGUCUUUCUGAUGAAGAGGAACAAGAGCAAGUAACACGUGCCGAAGAAGCUCCACCGUACAACCAACUCCCAGCAGAGGAAACACGCUACGCUCUUUUCACUGACGGUUCCUGUCGCAUCGUAGGGUUGAACCGGAAGUGGAAAGCAGCCGUAUGGAGCCCCACACGACAGGUUGCUCAGGCUAUCGAAGGAGAAGGUGGAUCAAGUCAACUUGCUGAAAUCAAAGCUGUUCAGCUAGCCCUGGACAUUGCUGAGAGAGAGAAAUGGCCAAAGCUCUAUCUUUAUACUGAUUCGUGGAUGGCAGCCAAUGCUCUGUGGGGCUGGCUGGAAAGGUGGAAAAAGGCCAACCGGCAGCGUAAGGGAAAACCAAUCUGGGCUGCUGAUGAAUGGAAAGAAAUUGCCGCUCGGUUGGAGAACCUACCUGUGAAAGUCCGCCACGUAGAUGCCCACAUCCCCAAGAGCCGGGCUAAUGAGGAACAUCGAAACAACGAACAGGUAGAUCAGGCAGCAAAAAUAGAGGUGUCGAAGAUAGACUUAGAUUGGCAACAUAAGGGAGAGUUGUUCCUAGCUCGAUGGGCCCACGAUGCCUCAGGUCAUCAAGGUAGAGAUGCCACCUAUAGGUGGGCACGAGACCGAGGAGUAGAUUUAACCAAAGACAGUAUUUCUCAGGUUAUCCAUGACUGUGAAACGUGUGCUGCCAUCAAGCACGCCAAGAGAGUGAAGCCCCUGUGGUAUGGUGGGCGGUGGUCCAAGUACAAGUAUGGGGAGGCCUGGCAGAUUGACUACAUCACACUGCCCCAGACACGCCAAGGCAAGCGCUACGUGCUGACCAUGGUGGAAGCCACCACGGGAUGGUUGGAGACCCACCCUGUGCCUCACGCCACUGCCCGGAACACCAUCCUGGGCCUGGAAAAGCAAGUGCUUUGGAGACAUGGAACCCCUGAGAGAAUUGAGUCGGACAAUGGGACCCAUUUCAAGAACGGCCUUAUCAACACCUGGGCCAGGGAACAUGGUAUUGAAUGGAUAUACCAUAUCCCCUACCAUGCACCAGCUGCAGGGAAAGUUGAACGGUGCAAUGGACUACUCAAGACUACCCUGAAGGCACUUGGUGGGGGGACAUUUAGAAAUUGGGAGAUGAACUUAGCAAAGGCCACCUGGAUGGUCAACACCAGAGGGUCUAUCAAUCGAGCUGGUCCUGCCCAGUCUGAACCCCUGCACACUGUAGAUGGAGAUAAAGUCCCUGUUGUACACAUGAAAGGUAUUUUAGGAAAGACUGUUUGGAUUACUCCCACCUCAGGCAAAGACAAACCCAUCCGUGGGAUUGUUUUUGCUCAAGGACCUGGUUACACUUGGUGGGUAAUGCAGAAAGAUGGAGAAAGCCGUUGUGUACCACAGGGAAACCUAGUCUUAAGUGAGAACUGUGUGUAAGGAUUCAUUGUGAUGCAGAUGGAAAUAGAAUAAGGGGUGGAUAAUGUUCUGGAUUGCAAGGCAGGAUGUAUUCUAUUACCAUCCGUAUGGCAGUUGUCUAGGUGUUAAGUGGGCAAUUUCCCCUUAUCUCUCUCCCUGAGAGAUCACAAUCACUCCUCCCUCAGCAGGGGGCAUCCCGUGAUAAGAGGCUAUUGAAUGUCACUGCAUGGCUGAUAAGAACUGUAACAUCCCAUUGUGAGAUGCUCCGCCCAGAGGGAGGAGCCGAGCACUGCUAUCCAGAUAUAAUCAGGAGAUUCUGACACACCAGCACAGCUUCUCCACUGGAUUCACCAGAGGAACAGCAGCUGCUUCUACUUCCACGGAUCUGCAGAGGAAGAAUCACCCUUUUUCUACAGGACCUCCUGCUCCAACAGAACCACACCUGACACCUCAGGAGGACUGCAGCCACUUUUCCAAUUGGACUGCUGCCAGCACCCUGACCAACAGGGUGUCAGGUUGAGUUCUGACUCUGUCAGUGUUGUUCUAGUAUAUUGCAUUGUUUUAUUUUAUUCUUUUAUUUUUUUCUCCCCUAUUAAAGAACUGUUAUUUCCUGCUCCCAUAUUUUUUGCCUGAGAGCCCCUUAAUUUAAAAUUCAUAGCAAUUUGGAGGGGUGGGGAGGGUUUGCAUUCUCCAUUUCAGGGGAGGCUCCUGCCUUCUUUAGCAGGCACCUGUCUUAUCCAAACCAAGACAGAUCUUUUAGGGUUUUUUUUUUCCCUUUAAUACCACUGUGAAGCAUUUGUGCUUGAGUUUUGAUUGAAACCAACAGGAAAUGUAAAAAGUAAAGUCUCUCAUUAUGAUUAUAGACUCACAACUCCUUUAUACCUGAGUGACAAUAAUUAGAAUAGUUUUUCUAAUAAGAGCACAACCCUUUUUAAUAACUAAAGUUUCUAAUGCUAUAUGGCAAUGUCAGAAUUUAAAUUAUCAGUGUCAUUUAAGGGACAGACACUGAGCAUUUUUGCAACAUUUUCUUAAAAUUACAAUUUUAGACCACAAUCACUGCUCAUUAUUUUUUUCUGCCUUUAGGUUUAUUGCUAGUGAUGCCUUAAAGACCUAGGAAUAACACACUUUCAAGACAGUAUUAGUAUAGGAGGUAAUAUAAAGGCUGGUCUUUAUUGGAGGGCUUCAGGGGCAGAUAUGGAAAAAUGCCCAACCCACAUGGGGUGAAUACAGUUUUAUAAACUUGGCAGAUUAGCAUAAUUGACAAGAAUCCUUAAUUAGAAGCACAAGUGGUGAGGUAAUUUCCCCCUUUUGGUUCCACCUCUUCUAUAGCCCCCCUUUAGAUAGGAACUAAACUUUGUUUAUGAAAAUGUGUCUUGAAGAGCUGGUUUCAGCCUUGGCUCCCAGGAAGAACCAAGAUAGGAUAAGGGCCUUGGACCCCCAGCUUGGAGUCUCUGGAAUGUGUUUUGUCUUUCUGCCUAUCAGGGUAGGGAAAAGUACUGGAGUGAGCUAGGAACUAUAUAACUAUACAACAAUAGCCUACAGAGCUAUGAAAAAAAAUAUAUAUAUAGGAAUUGUAAAAGCAAAAAUCAUUCUGGCAACACUAGCAUUAAUAAAAAAUUGAAAAUUAACCAGUUUUAUUCUUUGAGAUAUGGGGAGUUCAUUUAAAAAAAACCCAAAUGUUUUGUAUUUCUGAAUAUUAAAAUACCUGUGCAUGCAUACAAAUCUGUGUUAUACCAGGAUUUAAAACUAAUGACUCUUUUACAUCAGCUAUCCAUAAAAAAAUAUAAAAGAAUGAUGAAUCAUGAAACUCCAAUAUCUAAAAGUUAUUAGGCAACAUUGCAAAACUGAUCAAUUUUUUUCCAGUUAUCUAGUUAAAAUAACACUUAUUGAUCCCUUUUUAUAUUUAAGCAUUUCAUGUUUUAGGAAAAUCAGCCAGUAAUUUACCAUAAACUGCAGCUACCUUAUUUUUUUGCAGGACAGCAGCACUCACAAAAGUUCAGCUACAGAAUCAAAGAACAUUCUUCAGAACAGAUAGACUAAGCUUGUCUUUUGUCCAGUAAUGAACUUUCUACAGGGACACUUCUUUACUAAUGUGAAUGCUGCUGCUUUGAACCAAAUCCUGUGAAACAAAUUAUAUGGCUAUAUGCAACUGCAAAGAGUCAAGCGUCCAAUGUGAUUUUUCAGUAGGCUUCUGUUACAAGAUGACAGCUGUUCCUAGGAAUAUUGAUAUGACUGGAGAGUCCAGCCUGACUCAGUCUAGUCACAGACUCCACAUUCCAUGAAUUUUGAGCAGAAUCUUCUUCAGAGGCUCUCAGAACUUUAGGAGAUGCCAAGGACUUAUACUUGCAUGACAGUUAAGAAGGAUUUUUUUUUUCUAGUGAAAGCAAUGUACAAAGACAUGUCAUCAGGUGUGUUUCAAGUGCCUUCUGAAUGAUAUUCUUGAAAUAGGAAAAAAGUAAUCUAUUUGUUCCCUAAGUAAUCAUUCACACUCCCUGUCAGCUGCAGCUUGCUCUUUUUAGAGCUACGUCUCCAUAUCUCCUGACCUAGUGGUAGCUUCUGAAUAAAGGCUAGAUGAUGUUGUGGCAUACCAGUUGAAUAGUGUACCUUUAAUCCAGUUCAUAACAUGAAAUAUUUGGAAUUUAGAAGGACAUUGUAUUUUUAGUUUGUUUCAAGCACCUUGCUAUAAAUGUUUGUCACAUUUGGAUGAAAGACAAUAACUUAAAACAGGGAAGGGGAGAGCAUGCAAUUUUUAAGGGGGUAGAAAUAUACAAUCACAAAAAACCAAACCAACCCCAAACUCAUAUCCAGGAACUGAUACUGAAUUGCAAAACCAGGUAUUAAGCAUUGUUUGCCUCUUUGGCAGUAGAGUCUGAUCCUUUAUACAAGAAAAACAAAACUAUAAGAUGGUGAAUCACCACACGUGACAGCACUGAGGCCUGCCAUGAAAUCCCUCUACAGAUUCCCACUAAGGACAACAGAGGGAAUUAUUAAGUGAAAGAUGAUUCCCCUCUUGUUCCUGUGCAUCAGGCUAUUCUAAAGUAUGCCUUUGACAUGCCUGCUCUUCAACAAAUGUUGUGAAUGGGAGAAGUCAGAACCUGUUAGCUGUUCAUUGAUUCAAUAAAUGUUCUGUCUAAAAUGA